CUCCUCACAUAUUAUUGUAAAUAAUAAUAUACAUACAAAGUGAACGAGAAAAUUAAAUUAAUUAGAGAAGACAUAACAAAGAUGGGAAAGAUGGAAGAUCAAUUACCAGCGAUAGUAAUGGUGUUAUUGCAAUGUAUAUUUGCAAUUAUGGCACUUUUAAGUAGGGCUGCCCUUGUUAAGGGCAUGAAUCCUAGAGUCUUUAUGUUUUAUAGGCAAGCUAUUGCCACUUUCUUCAUGUGUCCUGUUGCUUUCUUUGCAAGGGGAAAAUCAUCAAGUGGUUCUUGGAUGGGAUUUAGGACCUUUCUUCUAAUCUUUGUCACUGCUUUCGUUGGAGUGGUGUUGAAUCAAACAAUGUACUUCCAAGGAUUAUUUUUGGCUUCAUCAUCAAUAGCAAGCGCCAUGUCUAAUUUGGUCCCUGCCGUUACAUUCUUGAUAGCAGCUAUUAUGGGGCUAGAACAAGUGCAUAUGAAGAAGUUAAGCAGCAUGGCAAAGAUGUUAGGGACAAUCUUUUGCGUAGUUGGAGCAGCCUGCAUGGCUUUUCUCAGAGGCUCUAAAUUACUAAACAACGUCAAACUCCCACCAUCAACCAACUCUCUUUUGCUCAACUCUUUUGGAGGUGAUGACACUUGGUUGAUUGGUUGUCUCUUUAUCUUUGCUAGUAUGUGUUGCUGGUCAUUCUGGCUCAUUUUGCAGGUACCAUUGACUGCGUGUUACCCUAACCCCUUAUCUCUGUCUGCUUGGAUGUGUUUCUUCUCUAUGUUACAAUCCGGGGCAAUCGCCUUGUUCUUAGACCACGAUCCAGAAGAUUGGAAUAUGACCUCAAAUCUUGAACUCACUUGUUGCUUCUUUUCGGGAAUAUUUGGAUCCGGAGUUCAAUUCUUUGCACAAGCCUGGUGUAUCUCGAAGAGAGGUCCUCUCUACUCAGCCAUGUUUAACCCUCUAUGCACCGUCAUCACAACUGUCUUGGCAUGCAUUGUUCUCCACGAAGAACUCUACGUUGGCAGUUUAUUAGGUGGUGUUGGGGUGAUCAUUGGCUUGUACAUUGUGCUAUGGGGUAAAGCAAAGGAAAAGAGAGAAAAUAUAGAAUAUGAAGAUUUUGAAAGUGAUCCACCAAAAGCACCAAGCUUUAAGAUUGUUGAUGAUCUGGAACAGCCAUUAUUAUUGACAGAUAAUUGUACUGAACAAGUUUAAUUAGAUUUAGCUGUAACUUAAACCAAGUAUUUAUUAUAUUAUUCUUUAUUUCUUUAAAAUGUACUUAUAGUCCAUUUUUUUGUCCAAACUCUAUUUGGACAGAUGUUACAUCUUACAUGUAUCAUGUAUGUAAUAUAGCAGAGCACAUUACUAAUUAGAUGCCAUCGAGUAGUGUCAAUUUUGUUGAUUAAUAUGUUGUUGAUACAUGCCAUUGUAUUGGGUUAUUAUUUUUAUUUCUCAGCUAGAUGAGAUUAAUAAUAUAAAUAAUUUGGUAGAUGAUAUGUUAUUAAUUAAUACUUGUAAGAUGUUUGAGCAUUAUCUUCCAUUUUGUAUUCAUAUGAAACACGAAGUUUAUACUCGUUAUAUCCCUAAAUAAUACUCCGCA